AUGAAUUCCAUGAUCACGACGGCAACGUGGGUAAGGCGAGGAGUCGCUGCCCAAUUUCCCACCAAAUAUGAGAUUGAUGAAGAAGAAAUCAACCGGAUAUCGGAGAUUGCGCGGAUGCAAUUGGAAGAUGCAAAGGGAGAUUUGAAGGCAGCAAAGGAGGGUGCGGAUGGCGAUGCAAUGGAUGAGGAUACGAAUGAGAAGACAUCCAAAAAGACGUCAAAAGACGAAGACCACGACGAUGAAGACGAUGAUCUAAAAGAGUACAACCUUGACCAUUACGACAGCGACGAAGUCGACGAAGACGGCGAAGAGGUCACCAUGUUCGGCAACGUCAAAUCUCUCGCUUACCACAAGCCAGGCGAGAAGGAUCCAUAUCUCGAAUUCCCGGAAGAAGACAACGACGAGGAGCGCGAGGAAUUGCAAAUUCUUGGAACAGACAACUUGUUAAUAGCCGGCAAACUCGAGGAUGAGGUUGCGCAUCUUGAAGUCUAUGUGUAUGAAGACUCGGCGGAUAAUUUGUAUGUGCAUCACGACGUUAUGCUUCCCGCCAUCCCUCUUUGCGUUGAAUGGCUCGAUUUCCCGGUUGGAAAGAAUGAAGAAGGGCGCACAAGUGGUAACUUUGUCGCUGUCGGUACUAUGGAGCCUGAUAUUGAAAUCUGGGACCUCGACAUCGUCGACUGCAUGUACCCGAACGCCAUCCUCGGGGCUGGUGACGGCGACGAUGACAAAGGUCUGAGCAAGAAGAAAAAGAAGAAAUCCAAGAAAGCAAACGACGAAUACCACGUUGAUUCCGUCCUGGCGCUAUCGGCAAACAGACAGCACCGAAAUCUUUUGGCCUCUGCAUCCGCCGAUUUGACCGUCAAACUGUGGGAUCUCAACACGCAAACAUGCGCCAAAUCAUACAACUACCACAAGGAUAAGAUUUGCGCCCUUGACUGGAAUCCGCGCGAAUCUACCAUCCUGUUAAGUGGAAGCUACGACCGUACCGUGGUUGCCGCUGAUAUGCGUACACCCGACGCAAAGGCGCCUCGUUGGCAGGUUGCUUCUGACGUGGAGAACUUGCGCUGGGAUCCUCAUGACCCCAACUUCUUCUACGUAACCACUGACACAGGUCUCGUCUACAAAUACGAUGCACGCAACGCACCUGCUACACCCGCUGAAUCCAAGCCCGUCUGGACAUUGCAAGCGCACGAUGACUCCGUCUCAUCCUUUGACAUCAACCCACGCGUCCCCGGUUUUCUGGUCACCGGCUCAACAGACAAGCAAGUCAAGAUCUGGGACACGGCCAAUGAUAAACCUAACAUGGUCGUCAGCCGAAAACUAGAAGUUGGCAAGGUCUUCUCAACUUCGUUCGCGCCAGACCCAGAAGUUAGUUUCCGUCUUGCUGUUGCCGGCAGCAAGGGCGUCGUGCAGGUGUGGGAUACUUCUACGAAUGCGGCUGUGCGUCGUGCGUUUGUUGGUCGUAUUCCGGAUCUUGUUGCUGGAGAUGAGGGGGAGAUCAAGGAAAGGAUUCUGGGGGUUAACCAGAAUGAUGACAGUGAUUCGUCGGAUGGUGAGGAGGGUGAUGGCGGUGACAAUAAGGAAGGAUGGGAGUCGAUGGAGGAGGAUUAG